AUGGCCUAUGUCUAUCCGGCACAGUACCCGCCCCCUUCGUCCUUAGGAUCUUACAGGACAACUCGACAUCCUCCAGGAGGCGUUCAUCUAAGGUCUCAUCAGGCUGGUAGCGCUCAGCCUACUGCCGAAGCUCCUCACCAUAACAAGAGGCCGUCUGCACCUUCGAAAGCCAGGCCUCGGGGACCAGGAAGAUUGGCGUUCAUGUUGUCCGACAAGGUCGAACAAUGCCUGAUUAGGUUCAUGGGUUACACAGAUGUGCCGUUCGAUAAGAUUGCACUUGCUGUGGAGCAGUCUAAUGGCCCAAAGAAGAAUUGGCUGAGGGAAUGGUUCCGAGACGUUACGGGCACAAACAAUCUGAAUAGCAAUCGACUGAAGAGUGUGCCUCAGCUUGCCGCUCUGCGGAACGAGGUGCAACACGCAGGCAUCUCGGUUAUGGCGCAGGUGGAAAGGCACAUCAAUGGCGGUGCCGGCGAUACUGCACCGACGGACACCGACACAUUUGAGCUAGAACCAUUUAGUGGUGUGAACUUAGGGCCAAUCGCAGCGCCAUCAGACAAACUCGACGUCGCCCCUAGAGCCAUACAAGUCGUGGAGGAUGAGUGCCCGCAACCUGGAUCCACCGUGCGUACACAUGGUAACGACCAUGGAGGUCACGAGGCGUCCAACCCCAAUGCAAAUUUUGUUAUGGACACUACGACUGCAACCACCGGAGAAAUCAAUAGCGAGGCCAGCCAGCCCAAGUCGCCUUUUCUGGCGCGGCCUCAAAGAAUCGCUUUCGCCGAAGACCAAUUCAUACCACCACCCUCGCGAUCUACGGAUACGGUCCUCCAGCAACGCGCAUCGUGGCCAUCCAAAAGACCUCGAACGGGUGAUGCUAGUGACGAAGAGGACUGCUCGACAGACGAUUACAACAAAAGGCGACGCCUGGUCAGAGCCAUCAGUGUCACUGAAAUCGCGCAGCAUCUCGCCAACCUAUGGAAAGACCCCGAACUUAUCUGGCAUUAUGCAAGACGGUCUUCUGGAUACGCAGAGACUUUCAUGUCCUCCCGAGCCUCGACGUUCAGCGGACCACUGUCCUUUGCCGAGGUUGCGUUGUUGGAGUUCAGCAACUUGCAUACGUCGGAGUAUGAAGAGUGGUAUCAUACUGGUGGCGCAUUCAUGGACGAGGAAGUUGAAGACAUGUUGCAUGCUGCUCCUUUGGCCUGGACCGAUCCUCCUGCUACGCAUAUCCUGAUGUGCGCGAAACUGCUUGGGUGGGACGACGAAUACACGGUCACAACGUUAAAGCAGAAGAUUCCAGGAGACCCGGAGGAGGCCAGGAUCUGGGUCAACAGGAAAGACAGGCAUGAUGUCUCACCUCUGCAUUUAGCCACGGCAUUCGGACUUGUGGGCAGCAUCGACUUGCUGGUCAACGCAAAAGCAAACCUCAGAGCCAGAACUGGCCGUGGGGCAUCAGUAUGCCAAUUCGCCCGACAUGCUCAAAGCCUUGCAGCAGAGGAGGCGAAUUCUGGCCUCUAUUGGCGCAUCAUUCACUGCAGGACCUGGUUACGACGGGGUCAGACUCCACGACUAAAGCCUUCUGAGGUCAAAGGCCUUCGGGCUAAGAUCCUGGCUCGGCUGCCGGAAAUAUUUGAGACAAUGGAUGAUCACGGUAAUAGCGACGCUGGCCACGAGUAUGGUGGCAGCGGACAGUCCUGCUUACCUGGCAGUAGCACCCAACGACCCGCUACUCACCCGACUGUGCCAGCACUUGACAGGUUUGCAUGGAGGCAUCACGAUGGACUGGCCCAAGCCAACUUCGACGCUGGCGUCCCUACACGAAUAACCAAUUCACCGGCGUCGCUUCGCCGAGCAGUUGGGCCACAUGGCAGCAACGGCAGCAUCGUCGGUUUGGCCAUCCAGGAGCCUCAGAGCCACAACCUAAGGAAGACGGCGACAUCGAGUAACUUCCACCGGUCGCCGAGCGUGCCAUCGAUGCAGCAGGCAAGCUUGACACCUUUCAGCAACUUUGGCACGGUUACUCCGAGUCCUGGUUCUCGAAGACCGGUAGAUCUGCCGUACCUGCAACAGACUGUCGCUCAGUCCACGCCGAAUCUCGUUUCGUAUGGCGGACCGCCCAUACAACAGCCGGCUAACUUCCAUGCUGGCCUGCCGAAUGAUCUCGCAUUCGGUGCUGCUCCGAGUGGUUCUGGGUAUCAGCCUCCGGCCGCUUUGACUAACAACACUGGGUACGGGAUGCAGAUGCCAUCUCAGCAGGCAUUCGUGCCUGGGGUCGGUCCCACAAUCAACAAUGGAACAAGACUUCCAGAUGCUGGCUUCCUGCCGUUGUCCUUAGCUCCAGACACGAUGCGCUGCACGGCGACAAAUAACGGCCAAGUACAGCAAUACCAGACAUUCCCAGGUUGGCGACAAAACACUCAUGGGACAGCAGGUCCAGUCGUUCAUGGACCGCAGCCAGAUUCUGCGCUCAGCCCAGACUUCGACGGCAUGUCGGCGACUGACAGCAUGCUAGGAGACUCGCAGCAGCAGUUAUGGACGAUGCCUUCGGCCACUCCUAUCGGUGCAUCGCCGCCCAGCCUGCGUACUCGUGGUCUUCAAGCUUACCAUCCUGCUGGUCAGCCCCAUUGGAGGAAUUGUCCCUAA